AUGGAGGUGCUCUGCAUCGGGACGGCCGACACCAAGCUGGAGGAGCUGCUCUUCCUCGCCACUUGCCUCCGCUCCAGCCUCGCCGCCUCCGCCUCCGAGGUUAAAGUGAGCAUAGUGGAUGUGUCCACAACUAAAACAGUACCAACACAAGAUUCUGAAGACAUUGCAGUUAUUGCAAGAGAUACAGUUCUCUCAUGCUAUCCGGAUUCCAGCCAACAAGAUCUUCCAGAUGACAGAGGUGAAGCGAUUGCGCUUAUGUCAAAGGCCCUUCAGAGCUUUCUGAAAAACAGAUAUGAGGCCGGCACCCUGGUUGCUGCUGUUGGCUUAGGAGGAAGUGGAGGAACCGCACUAAUUGCUCCUGCUCUAAGAUCCCUACCACUCGGAGUGCCUAAGCUUAUUGUAUCCACUGUUGCUAGUGGCAAUACUGCACCCUAUGUUGGAACAUCUGACCUGGUAUUAUUUCCUUCAGUUGUUGACAUAUGCGGAAUAAACAGUGUCAGCCGUGUUAUAUUGUCCAAUGCCGCUUCAGCUGUCGCCGGAAUGGUAUAUGGGAUAUUAAUGGCUUCCAAUGAAUCAGAUGAAACAGACACAAAGCUGACUGUUGGAAUUACAAUGUUUGGUGUUACCACACAAUGUGCAAAUGCGGUCAAGGAUAGACUGAACAAAGAAGGGUAUGAGACGCUUGUAUUCCAUGCCACUGGUGUCGGAGGCAAAGCAAUGGAAGAACUAGUUAGAGGUGGUUUCAUACAGGGUGUAUUGGACAUAACAACAACAGAAGUUGCAGAUUAUAUUGUUGGAGGUAUCAUGGCAUGUGAUGAGACCAGGUUUGAUGCGGCUAUAGAUAAAAAGAUCCCUCUGGUUCUGAGUGUUGGGGCCUUGGAUAUGGUUAACUUUGGAGCUCAUGAUACAAUACCUGCUGCUUUCUUAGACAGAAAGAUCCACAUACAUAAUGAACAGAUUUCGUUGAUGCGGACGACCUUGGAGGAGAACAAGAAAUUUGCUCAGUUUAUUGCUGACAAGCUGAACAAAUCUUUAUCUACAGUUACUGUUUGCCUUCCACAGAAGGGCAUCUCUGCAAUUGAUGCACCUGGAAUGCCGUUUUAUGAUCCUGAGGCUACAUCUGCACUCUUGGAUGAGUUAAAUACUCGUCUUGUCAAAACUGAGAACAGACAGGUGAAACUGCUUCCUUAUCAUAUAAACGAUCCUGAAUUUGCCAAUGCCUUGGUGGAUGCAUUCUUGAGUAUGGAUAUAAAGGCCUCUAGUGCCAUAACUCAGAAAAACAACAUGGUCCUACCAAAGCAAGACACAAAUGAAAAAGAAUCUUCUUCAGGACAGAAGACUUCAGAUAGUUCUAUCAUAUGGAGACCCCCCAUGGAUUUCCCUGAUGCAAGACCAGAAACUUUGCAAAAGACAAAGUCAAUACUACAUAAAUUAAAGCAACAAAUCGGUGAGGGUAUUCCUGUAAUUGGAGCCGGUGCUGGUACGGGCAUAUCUGCAAAGUUCGAAGAAGCUGGUGGGGUUGAUCUGAUUGUGUUGUACAAUUCCGGGAGGUUCCGUAUGGCUGGAAGGGGCUCAUUAGCAGGGCUCCUCCCAUUUGCUGACGCAAAUGCAAUUGUACUUGAGAUGGCCAAUGAGGUGUUGCCUGUCGUUAAAGAAGUCCCUGUUCUUGCUGGGGUUUGUGCUACCGAUCCAUUUCGUAGAAUGGAUCACUUUCUUAAACAGCUGGAAGCCAUUGGAUUUUGUGGUGUCCAAAAUUUCCCUACGGUUGGUCUGUUUGAUGGAAACUUCAGACAGAAUUUGGAAGAAACUGGAAUGGGCUACAGCAUGGAAGUGGAGAUGAUCUCAAGAGCCCACAGCAUGGGUUUCCUGACGACCCCAUAUGCCUUCAAUCCAGAAGAAGGCGCUUCCAUGGCCAAGGCCGGAGCGCACAUCGUAGUCGCGCAUAUGGGCCUCACAACAGCUGGGUCAAUUGGCGCAAAGACGGCCGCCACUUUAGAUGACAGCGUUGCCCGGGUUCAAGCCAUUGCCGAUGCCGCAGUCGGCGUUAACCCUGACAUCAUUGUUCUCUGCCAUGGAGGUCCCAUAUCAGGGCCCCGGGAGGCGGAGUUUAUCCUGAAGAACACGAACCGGGUCCAUGGAUUCUACGGCGCCUCGAGCAUGGAGAGGCUGCCGGUUGAGCAGGCCAUCACAAACACCAUGAAGGAGUACAAACGCAUGUCUCUGAAAUGA